AUGAAUUUGCCAUCGACAGAAGAUGUUCAACGCACAUUCAUUGACUUUACAAAUAAUGAAAUUAUUUCUUAUGUUGAUUAUUUUUCAGAGGCAAAACAAACUCGAUGUCAUAUUUAUUCAUAUCCAUCUUUUAUGCCAUAUUAUGAUGAUAUUACAAAUAAUUUUUCAGGUGGACUAUUUAAACAUGUUCGUAUGGUGUCAUUAUACGAUGAAUAUCCUUUUGAACAUGAAUUUUUUUUUCGAAUUGUUCAAUCAUUUCCAUAUAUGGAACAGUUAUCUAUGAUUAAUCAUAAAUCACAAAAUCGUAAACAAUCUUAUGAAUCAAGCAAUGAUAAUCAGAAUUUAUCUGUUAUUGAAUAG